CCCGGAACCCCAGGCUCGCGGCCCGGGUUUCCUGCCGGCGGAGGCGCUCAGCGGCCGGAUCCCACGGAAGCGCGCUCGGAGGGCCGAGACCCGGCCGGACCGGAGAUGGCGCCGCCAGCAGGCGGGGCGGCGGCGGCGGCGGCCUCUGACCCGGGCUCGGCCGCAGUGCUCUUGGCUGUGCACGCCGCGGUGAGGCCGUUGGGCGCCGGGCCAGACGCCGAGACACAGCUGCGGAGGCUGCAGCUGAGCGGGGACCCUGAGCGGCCUGGGCGCUUCCGGCUGGAGUUGCUGGGCGUGGGACCCGGGGCGGUCAGUUUAGAGUGGCCCCUGGAGUCAGUCUCCUACACCAUUCGAGGCCCCAGCCAGCACGAGCUGCAGCCUCCACCAGGAGGGCCUGGAACCCUCAGCCUGCACUUCCUCAACGCUCAGGAAGCUCAGCGGUGGGCAGUCCUGGUCCGAGGUGCCACCGUGGAAGGACACAAUGGAAGCAUGAGAGGCAAGCAUGAAGAGGCAGAGCAGGCAGGGUCAGGACCUGGCAGCAGCAGCAGCUCACCACCAACCCUGGGCCCAGAGGCAUGCCCUGUCUCCCUGCCCAGUCCCCCGGAAGCCCCAACACUCAAGACCCCUCCACCUGAGGCAGAUCUUCCUAGGAGCCCUGGAAACUUGAUGGAGAGAGAAGAGCUGGCAGGGCGCCUGGCCCGGGCCAUUGCAGGUGGGGACGAGAAGGGGGCAGCCCAAGCAGCAGCUGUCCUGGCCCAGCAUCGUGAGGCCCUCAGUGUUCAGCUUCAGGAGGCCUGCUUUCCACCUGGCCCCAUCAGACUGCAGGUCACACUUGAAGAUGCUGCUUCUGCUGCAUCCACUGCAUCCUCUGCCCACAUCGCACUGCAGGUCCACCCCCACUGCACCAUUGCAGCUCUCCAGGAGCAGGUGUUCUCAGAGCUUGGUUUCCCGCCGGCCGUGCAACGCUGGGUCAUUGGGCAGUGCUUGUGUGUGCCUGAGCGCAGUCUUGCCUCCUAUGGGGUUCGGCAGGAUGGGGACCCUGCUUUCCUCUACCUGCUGACAGCUCCUCAAGAAGCCCCAGCCAUAGGACCCAGCCCUCAUCGCCCCCAGAAGACGGAUGGGGAACUUGGACGCUUGUUUCCCGCAUCAUUGGGUCUGCCCCCAGGCCCCCAGCCAGCCACUUCCAGCCUGCCCAGUCCUCUCCAGCCCGGCUGGCCCUGUCCUUCCUGCACCUUCAUCAAUGCCCCAAGCCGCCCUGGCUGUGAGAUGUGUAGCACCCAGAGGCCCUGCACUUGGGACCCCCUUGCCGCAGCUUCCACCUAACAGCCACCAGAGGUUAUAAGGGAAGAGUGGCCCUUCCCUCACAGGUGGACAUCCCUAGGCCCCCGCUGAACUCAGGGGCCCUCUACUGACUGCUGGGACAGAGCCACCAGGGUUAGGGGGAAGGACCACAAACUGGAACAAUUAAAGACCCUUAAGAGCCA